AUGUCAAAUAACACGAAGGGCAAAUGGGUUUGCUCUGACUGUAAGGUCGAUUGGGCAAGUAAGAAGAUAACGCAAACGACUAAUGAAAAAUAUUAUAAUAUUAAACAGUUAACGGAAUCAGUUCAAUAUAUGAGUAACAUGUUUGACGAAUUUAACGUUACAGUUGGACAAAUACUAAAAGAGAUGAAUGAACUAAAAUUUCAAAAUAUUAAAUUAAAUGAAGCAAAUCAAAAACUUGCAACUGAAGUUCAAAAGUUAAAAAAUAAAUUGACGAUAUUGAAUAAAAGUCAUUAG